GUCCAUGAGAUAGUGUUUAGGCAUAAAAGGCUCUAUUCUUCCUGGUGCAAUAACAAUUUAUGUAUAUGUCAUCGGUAUAUGUUUGAGGGCAAGUACCAUGCAUCAUUCACCUUUAUGUAUUGCAAAGACCACAUUUCUCUUACAAUAGUGUUAAAUGUUUACUGAAUCAAUGAAUGAGUGAGUGAGUAAAUGAGUGAAUGAGUAAUAUGUUGGUGAUUAGGAGUCAUUGGGAAAUAGUGUCAGCUUCAAGGGAGUAGUGCCAUAGUUCAGUGCCUGCCCAGGGUGGAGGGUGUCCCACUGGAGUUACAUCAUCGUUUUCAGUCCUAAGCUAUGUGUGAGUUCUAUAAUUUCUGUCCACCAACGAUUCCACAGUUUAUUUUAAAUGGUAAUAAUAAUAUCUUACUAGAAACUAGGUCCAAUUCUCUCAUGACAAGAAGGUGGUAAUGGUCUGUCCAACAUAAUACUUAGCACCUUUGCUUUUAAUAAGCAAAUCCUGGAGAUCAAAUGGGAUGGUUUGAUGGCUGAUGGGAAGAACUGGGGGUGGGGGGAUUAGAAGAAACACCUGUCCACCCUACAGAUCCAUGAGACUUCCUCCUUCCCUGUUGAACUUGCCAUGGUCUCCAUGUUGUCUUUGGGCCUCUUAAAGAUAUUGCUGAGAAAGCUGCUAAAAUGGCCAAUAAAUAAAUGAAGAUGAAUAGGGCCCUGCAAUAAUUUCCAGGCUGAUUGGGGUGGGGCUAACAAGUGAAGGACAAAUGCACAUGUGAAAGUAAUUGUGCUUCUCCAGUGGAAACCUCUAAUCCUUCAAGCAAUUAAUCAUACCCUAAGAAGUAAACUGUUCUCGGGGAGAAAGCCAUCUCUGAACAUCCAAGUACUUUGAGGACACUAGUGAACCAGAGGAUAAGAGUCAUCAGCUGAGUGAGCUGAAAGGGUUAGCCCAGCUUCCGGGAGCGUCUGAGUCAGGAGAGAUAAAAGGAAGUGUUUCCUAAUCCAGAGGAUUUCAACACUGUGGAAACUCAUUUCCCACAGAGAUACAACAAUGUGCAAAUAUAAAUCAUUUCAAAAAAAGCCGUUUAGAAAACUUCACAUGUCAUGAUAAAGGCGUUGAAACUGCUCACAUGUUUUUGGCCAUGUCUUUGACAUUUAUUCAUUCUUUAAUUUAUGGAUUGAAUAUUAAUCCAUUUAUUCAUUUAUUCGAUGACUCAUUUAUAGAGUCAUGAGUAUGAGUUAUUAUUUUUUUGUUUGAGCAUCUACUCUAUGCCAGGGGCUGUGUUACUGUGGGUACAAAGAUGAACGUGGCCUAAUCCCUGCCCUCAGAGAACUCCCAUCUAUAAAGGGAAGAAGAAACAUGAAGAGAAAAUCAUACUGUGUUCAGAGGAGGUAAUAUUCAACCUGCCCUUUGAAGAACAGGUGGAAUUUGACGGAGAAGGAAACAGCAGGACGAGCACCCUCAGGAAGGAGCAGCUGCUGGUCAUGGAGCCAUGAACACAUUGAGCAGUCUGGAAAAGGAAGUAGAAGAAUCCUAUGGUAGCCAGGUGGGCGAAGGGGAGCAAGGACGAUACACCUGCUUUGAAGAAGUCGCCAUUUGACCUGCCGAGUGAGUGACCAGGUGGUCCCAAGGCCUGACCAUGGAACGGAUUAACAUCAGUAUGGCCAGGGCUACCCUGGUGAAGCACACGGCUGGAGCUGGCCUCAAGGCCAGCAGACCCCGAGUCAUGUCCAAGAGUGGGCACAGCAACGUGAGAAUCGACAAAGUGGAUGGCAUAUACUUGCUCUACCUCCAAGACUUGUGGACCACCGUCAUCGACAUGAAGUGGAGAUACAAGCUCACCCUAUUUGCUGCCACGUUCGUGAUGACCUGGUUCCUUUUUGGUGUGAUCUACUAUGCCAUUGCCUUCAUUCAUGGGGACUUAGAACUCAGGGAGCACACUUCAAAUCACACCCCCUGCAUCAUGAAGGUGGACUCCCUCACGGGGGCAUUUCUCUUUUCCCUGGAAUCCCAGACAACCAUCGGCUAUGGAGUCCGUUCCAUCACGGAGGAAUGCCCUCACGCCAUCUUCCUCUUGGUGGCUCAGCUGGUCAUCACCACCUUGAUUGAGAUCUUCAUCACGGGCACCUUCCUGGCCAAAAUUGCGAGACCCAAAAAGCGGGCAGAGACCAUCAAGUUCAGCCACUGUGCCGUCAUCACCAAGCAGAACGGGAAGCUGUGCUUGGUGAUCCAGGUGGCCAACAUGAGGAAGAGUCUCCUGAUUCAGUGCCAGCUCUCGGGAAAGCUCCUCCAGACCCAUGUCACCAAGGAGGGGGAGCGAAUCCUCCUCAACCAGGCCACCGUCAAAUUCCACGUGGACUCCUCUUCCGAGAGCCCCUUCCUCAUCUUGCCCAUGACGUUCUACCACGUGCUGGAUGAGACGAGCCCCCUGAGAGAUCUCACCCCCCAAAACCUUAAGCAGAAGGAGUUUGAGCUGGUGGUUCUCCUGAACGCCACGGUGGAGUCCACCAGCGCUGUCUGCCAGAGCCGCACCUCUUACAUCCCAGAGGAGAUCUACUGGGGUUUUGAGUUUGUGCCUGUGGUUUCUCUCUCAAAAACCGGCAAGUACGUGGCUGAUUUCAGUCAGUUCGAACAGAUCCGGAAGAGCCCAGAUUGCACCUUUUACUGCACGGAUUCUGAGAAGCAGAAACUUGAGGAGAAGUACAGGCAGGAAGAUCAGAGGGAAAGAGAGCUGAGAACGCUUUUGUUGCAACAGAGCAACGUCUGACGGCAGUGGUGUCGCCUCGACUUAACUCUGAGCUGCUUCCACAUCUGAGCUCCCUUCAAACCCAGAGGUCACCGGGAAAACAAAAAUGUGUGGACGCACUCCGAAAAACUGCACAGAUGUACAGACCUGUUCCUUUGAUCUGGUGUCUAAACAAGCAUUCCGCAUCUGGGAGGGUUCCCUUUUUAAAUGCUUUGUGUGACGCAAACUCCCCAAAUUCAAAUUUUCUAAAAGGGGGCUGCAUUUCAAAGAACUUGAUGGAGGCUACUUGAAACAAUCUGGAUGGACGGAUAUUUCACAAUGCUGGUAUUGAAAGGAAAUGCAUUUCCAUACAAGGAUGUCAGCUAUAAUAAAAUGUAUUUAUUCAAUCCAAGUAUCAAAGAGGAGAUGGCCGAGAGCUGAAACGUGGUUCAGUACCCACUUACAUCAUUGCUCUAAAACACACUCAUUUUUUCAAGCAGAGAAAAAGGUAUUUAUAAUGAAGGCUAUCUGGUAAUACAUAAAAAGGGGCAAAGGGACUCUGUACUCACAAAAUAUGAUAAUUCUGUUUUUACCUUUUUCGGUGAAUGUAAUUGUACAGAGUGAAAUUGAUCAAAUCAGGAAUGCAUCGUUGUGAAUACAUGUACAGAUGGAGCUGAUGUGAUUGUUCACACUAAUUUGUUUUGGUUGGAAUGUACUAGCCCCUUUCUAUUCAAAAUGGGUUCACAGACCAGCAGUAUCAACAGCAUCCAGGAGCUUAUUAGUAAUUUCGCUCCAGCUGGACUUAGAGAAUCCGAGGCUGUAUCUUAACAGGACCCACAAGUCAUUCACGUAAAAAUGAAAGUUUUAAAACUUCACUCUGGACAAUGUUUUCGAAGUAACUUUCUUAAGCCAGGGGACUCUGUGGGUCCCACAUCCCCCGUUCUUUAUUAUGGACAAAUAUUCCUUUCAGUGAUUUCAUUCCUUAUUAAAAUACCUUGUCCGCAAAGGAACUGCCACAGGUAUUUCAAGAACAGAAUAAGACUGUUGAGAAUAAUGGCUGUCUCUCUCAAGCUAAGUACAUGCUUGUUGAUUACAGUGAACACAGAAGAAACAUUCAGCUCCAUAACAAUCGGAAAUGUGCUCCUAUAUUGAAGUCCAGUCCGUGAGGUUGGAUGGGACUCCGAAGAACAAGUGGAGCUGAGGAUAAGGAAUUCAAACACAGACGAUUCCUUGAAGCAGGAACAAAAUUCGAUACUCUGAUAACAUGUAAAGGAUGCCCUCAGUAUUGAAACAAAUCUCCUACAACUCAGUGUUACACAGGUAACGUUUGGAUUUUGGCAGAAUUUAGAGCGUUUAUUUGGGGCAGAGAAUAAAUGGGCUAGGAUUGGCUAAAUGUGCAAAAGGUGAAUUCUCACUUCAUUCAAACCAGGACAGAUUUGUACAUUCACUCAAGAAGAAUGUGGCUUUGAGUGUGUAGACACGGCAUGGAUGUACACACGAGCCCACAUAUAUGGAUACACUGACCUGACCUGCGAGCGCGCACACCGCAUGCACACACACACACAGAGGCGUGCUCAUCCUGGCUCUUCCAUCACAACUGUGGAAAUUAUCCAUGAAGACAUUUGUGAUUAAGAGAGCAAGUCCUGGGCAAGUGUGCUCAUGUAUAUUUUGUUCUGUAAGAAUGGGAACACUGGGGCAAGUAAUCUGGAUUCAGAUUAUCUGUGAAAUGGUGUCAUAUCAUGAUGUUCCCACAUUUCAAGUCUUCUUCCAUUAAACAGAAAAUGUGGCUAAAACCUCUGACCCAGAACUGAACCUUUAAUGCAGCCGUAAAAAUCAUGGGGUUAAAAGUUUAAAAUACAGGGCUUCCCUGGUGGCACAGUGGUUGAGAGUCUCCCUGCCGAUGCAGGGGACACGGGUUCAUGCCCCGGUCCGGGAAGAUCCCACAUGCGGCGGAGUGGCUGGGCCCGUGAGCCAUGGCCUCUGAGCCUGCGCGUCCGGAGCCUGUGCUCCGCAACGGGAGAGGCCACAACAGUGAGAGGCCCGCGUACCGCCAAAAAAAAAAAGUUUAAAAUUCAAUCUCCGUGCACAGGAAGUUAUUGUCUUCAGUUUUUCAGGAAGUUUUUUUCUUUUUCUGUUGAUCAUUUUAUGGCAGGUUGUUUUAGAUCUUCAUUCUCUUUUUAAAAAAUCACAUUAGGACUUCCUUGGUGGCGCAGUGGUUAAGAACCCACCUGCCAAUGCAGGGCACAUGGGUUCGAGUCCUAGUCCGGGAAGAUCACACAUGCUGUGGAGAAACAAAGCCACAACUACUGAGCCUGUGCUCUAGAGUCCGCACGCCUAGAGCCCAUGCUACGCAACAAAGUGAAGCCAACGCAAUGAGAAGCCCACGCACUGGAGAGAAGAGUAGCCCCUGCUCACCGCAGCUAGAGAAGGUCCACAUGCAGCAACGAAGACCCAACACAGCCAAAAUAUAAUUAAUUAAUUAAUUUUUAAAAAUCACAUUAAUGUAGUUAGAUAUUAGUCGUUUUAGUUAUUAAACCUUUUUUAAUUGUAUAAUGUGGUAACAUUGACAGGAAAAUAAUGCCCUGGUAUGUUUACAGUUUUUCUCUUGCACUAUGUUUCUUACGUUUUUUCACAGUAUUUACAUCAGUGCUAAUUUGAAUGUGAUCAAAAUUAAGAAUCUUGCAUACUUCUAUUGUAUAUGGUACAAUGAUGUAACAUAAGAUUGAGAAAUCUUACUGUAUGUUCAUUUUGCAUACCUAUUUCAGCCAAAUUUGGAAGACUCAAUCGUCUGAUCUAUUGCACUACACACGAAAUAAAUAUGUAGCGUCUUAAAAUCCAAUACUUGUACAAGUCAAUAAAUCAUAUUAUAACAAAAUAUUCCAUAAAUAGCUCUAAAGUUGCUUCUGGUUUGAAACUUAGCAUUUUCUAGGCACACGUACUUAUUAUUACUCUGUACAAAAUCCUCUCCUGUUAACAUGCUAACAAAAGGAUUCAGGCAAAAUUGUUUGAUUACAUCUGGGCAUGAAUCUGACUGAAACAGAUUCAUGCUCAACACCCAACUAACAAUUGUCAAACUAACGGAGGAUUUUGACCCAAAAAUGUUUUCUGCAUUUUGACAUAUUUCCAAUGCAUGAGGCCUUCUCAGUGCAGCCAUUCAAAAAUGUCAUGUUCCAUUUGAGAAACCACAACGUAACAAGCAACAAAUCAGUGUAAUCUGCAAACCACGUCUUAUUUAAGUGAUAAAAUACAUUGUACUGACAUGACACCCGGUAGCCAAUGGCCCCAGACAGCAUAGCAGAGAUUCACUCAUUGAUCCUCACAACAAGCCAUCUUUGUUUCUCUUUCCCACUUAACAGGAAAUUACGGCCCAGAGAUGAGAUUCCAGAAACCUAAAAUUAGAGGUUAAAAGUAAAAAGUGCCAUGAAUGAGUGGGUCAGGUAUUUAGAUGCAUUUAAACAACUAUUUUGUCUGAUUUUUCUUUGAAUUAAAUUUUCAGUUUUAAUUGACUGAUUUCAAUCCCAUCGAAAUGUAAAUUGACAGAUUAAAAAAAAAAAGGGACACUUCUACUGCAAUAUGAUUCUUUCUCCCUUGCUUGGAUCCUCUGUACUCAGACAUCAUCUAGAGAAAGAAGAAAAGAGAAAAGAAAAACAAGGAAGUCACGAGGCCUUUGCACUGGUAGCUUAGUAAAGGGCCACCUCAUCUUCGGGCUUGGUUCUGUAUUUGGUCUCUGUGGUCAAAUGGUCAGACAUCCAACCAUGUGGCAUAACAAAGACUUCCAGCCUCUCAAUCUUGGCUUUCAUUCUUGCUAGACUUUUACUGUUAAAUAUUAGAAAUAACUAGUUUUGAAUGCAGGUUAUUUUAUAAUCGCUUUCUGGGAUGGGAUUUUUUUUCAAAUGAAAGGUAUUAGCAUUUCAAGUCUUGAUUUCCAAGUUCUAUAGUGUACCCUCGAAUUUCAGCAUUGGACUCUGCAUAGGUCCAAGGUGCCCUUAAUUUUCUUCCCCUGGGAAGACUUACCCCUGAAGGUCUAAACUUAACAUUUCACUCCUAAUUGACUAACUACACACGUUUUGCCUUUUGUGGAUUUCAGUUUAUCUGUAAUCAGGAUGAGCUGCCAACCAAUCCUUGGGUCCCUGGGUAGCAAUGAGCAGUUUCUGCUCUCACAGUGAGGUAAUGUAUGAGCAGAGUUUGAGUCUCCAGAGUAUAAAUUUGUAAUGAAAUGGUAUAAUUAGAAUUCAACUGGAAUUUUAAAGAAUAAAGGAGCUGCUUAAUUUCUUGAGGUAUUACUAUUUGUUGGUAGACUUUUUUAUUGUCGUUGUGUCAUUUUGAUUUUUUUUAAGAAAUCUGAAACAAAGUCUUUGUCUUCAAAGUAAGAAAGGCAGGGAGAAACAUGUAAAAAUAAAAGCUAAUAGGUGAUCAAUUAGACUUCCACAUAAAAAGACUUCUACCAGUGGAAAAGAACUUCAUUGCAGGGGAAAUAUGGGUCAUUCAGUCUCACAUUACAACAGACUGUGUCAUCAUAUCCUUCUGGCUUCCCAGGGGUAGCAAUUUUCCUAGCCUUUAAGAAACACUGAUGUAUUAAGCCCCACUUUUUCCCAAAGUUUUUCUACUAGAUAUUUACUGAAAAAAAAAACAUGAGUCAGAAAUAAAGCUCCAGUUAUGUCACUUCAUCUUCAUCUUCUGUCAGUUCUCCUGUUAGACUCAAUUUUCUUUUCAACUUGACAUGUCCUUGGUUGAUUAUUCUUCAUCUUUGUCAUCCAUUCUAGCAAGUCAAAUAAGUCUGUGGGUUAAAAAUAAUCAAUCAAUCCAAAUUAGUAAUUUGUGGACAUUUAGAUGCCUAAAAACUGAGGAUAGGAACUUUUAUCUUUCAAUUAGUAUGUUGCUCGUAUGUAAAAAUAGAAGACCAAGAAAAACCUGUUGGGGCUUCCCUGGCGGCGCAGUGGUUGAGAAUCUGCCUGCUAAUGCAGGGGACAUGGGUUCGAGCCCUGGUCUGGGAGGAUCCCACAUGCCGCGGAGCAACUAGGCCCGUGAGCCACAACUACUGAGCCUGCGCGUCUGGAGCCUGUGCUCCGCAACAAGAGAGGCCACCAUAGUGAGAGGUCCGGGCAUCGCGAUGAAGAGUGGCCCCUGCUUGCCACAACUAGAGAAAGCCCUUGCACAGAAACGAUGACGCAGCACAGCAAAAAUUAAUUAAUUAAUUAAUAAACUCCUACCCCCCAACAUCUUAAAAAAAAAAAGAAAGAAAAGAAAAACCUGUUGAUUUGAGUGGAUAGUUAAUUCCUAAUAAAAUUACAAGAAUUGAUUAUGGAAGUCAAAGGACAUAAUUGGCAUAUGAGUAUAAAUGCCAAAGAUGUCAUAUAUGUAGAUAAAGGACAUAUAUAGAGUAAAAGUAAAUUUCAGCCAAACACAGGGGACUUUGGUAGAUUCCAUGCACAUCCUUUGAGCCUAUCACAGAAGAGCCAGGAACAAUGGGCUCAAACUCUUCCUUCACAUGAUGUACAGGAGCCCUGACUCCCAACCUCUGUUGGAGAAUCAGGCUGAUGGCUUUGUAUUCCUAACCAGCAUGGGAUGAGCAAAACCAAAGAUGAAGGCAUCAACCUAAAAGCCCAUCACCAAGUUUUUUGUUUAGCAGCUCCAGCCUUAUGAUGUACUUAACUGUGAUCUUAUCUUCACUCCAGGCCAAAUCUUAUCUAGUAUCCAGGCCUUCGCAACAACUUAAGAUAUCCAAUUUCACCCCUCAAAAAUAUUAAAGUUAGAGGUAGAACCUACUCAAAAUUAGACUCCAAGGGAGCUACUACAAUUGAUUACAUAGUACCCAUUCUCAAAAAACAUCAGAAGUUGUUGAUUCCGAGCUAAGAAAUAUGACCUCUUAGCUUAUUAUUCCCAUGAUUGUUAUUAUUGCAAAUGCCCUUAAUAUUGCUGAAAAAGUAAAGAACUUCCAAGAACGUGAUUGGAGGGGAAUUCAAAGGAAUGAUUUUUUUUUCAUUUACUCUAAUGUAACCAUGUUCUUCCAUCUGCAAUCAAAUCUUAAGAGUAAGGACGUUGUAUUAAAUCAAAUCAUUACAGGAAGUAUGACUGUAUCAGGGACUUUUUACAAAAACAAACUUCCAGAUCAUGAGAGGAAGCUGUGUUUGUGUGCUGACACAAAGUAUUCAGCAGCAGUCAGGAGGGGAAGGCAGGAUGACAGCCAACUUGGAUCUAUUUUUGAAGAAUUAUUUCUGUAAGGUAUCAUAGCAUUGUAAGUUAUGAAAAAGAAUGCUUUGGUAAACAGUCAUCUCCAUUUCAAAAGGACCCACUCCAAAAUACCACUUAAUGAAAUUCACGGGAAUGUUAUGAAGAUGGAAAUCCCAAAUGACAUGAGAUUUUACAAGCAAACAGUUCUACUUUUCGUAAAUACUGGCAGACUGCAUUUACCAAAAUCUCCAUCAUGCCUUGCUCUCUUGCUAUAUAUAGCACUCGAUCUGAUCACUACACCAUGCCGCAAGAGGCGUGUCCUUGUUUUCCUCUGAUUUUAAACUAGUCUUAGGCUUAAAUUUACCAUAGCAUAGUAGGGACUCCUGUUUCUCAAGGUUGAGCUACUACUUGGUGCAUGUUAGAAAUCUCAAACUAACUGAGGUGUGUGUACUUGGUCACUACUGAACCUAAUUAUGCUAUGACCAAUCAGCUUUAAAUAGGUCCUUUUAUGUUCUAUGAAUUCAUUCCGCUAUUUGUCAAACCAUUUCUCGUUUCAUAUGUAUCUCCAUCACCUUUUUUAUAUAUAUGGAAUCACUCUCAUCUGUGAAACAAUAGCAAAUACAAUAAAGCUACUUUUAUAGUCUUGA